CCCCCCGCCCGUAGCGCCGGAGAUGUGGGAACGUUGCCGGGAGCCACCUUCCCUCCUUUGUCCCGGCGUCCAAUUCCCGAUAAGCUGGCAGGCCCGCGACCAAUCAGGGCCGAGCUGGUUUUGGGGUGGGGGGGAGAGGAGGGGUGCACGCGCCCAACGAUCGUCGUUCGGAGGUUGUGGACAAAAGCGGCGACGCGGAGCUGAGGUGUCUCCAGCGAGCUGCUUCUCACCUUCCGACCCACUGGACCAGCAGCUUUGCAGUUUGCUUUCAGGCAGGAGGUGGUUUUGUGUUUUGAUUACAUAACAGCUGCGGCCGACUCGUCCAUUCCCUCACACCUCCCCCGCUGAUCGCCUCCCGGCCCGGGACGCCUGUGGAGAAUGUCCGCGGCAGACUACUACGACACGGGCGACUACUUGGACGAUUACUACGAGUCCUCGCACCACCCGUCCAAGCGGCUGAAGGUCGCCGACAGUGACAGCGACUUCGACAGCGACGAUGACGGGCGCCUCUGUGGCUUGGAUGCCGGGGAUCACGAUGGAGAUCGGGAUAGAGAUAGAGAUCGAGAUCGACCAAGAAGCCAGUACAAGACUGCUCCAUCGCCUGUAGUUCAUGUCCGUGCUCUUUGUGAUUCUGUCAUUGAAGCUGAUCUAGUAAAAGGGGUUGAUCGAUUUGGACCAGUAAGCUAUGUGAUGAUGUUGCCAAACAAGCGGCAAGCCCUGGUGGAAUUCCAAGAUUUGCAGAGUGCCCAGAAAUGCGUUGCUUACUCCAGACGACGCUUAGUCACAAUUGCAGGUCACCCUGCUUACUUUAAUUUUUCUACCAGUCAGCGCAUCACCCGUCCUGGGGGUCCUGAAGAUCCAAAGCACAUCAACAAUGUUCUUUUUUUGUCCAUCCAGAAUCCUUUGUAUCCAAUUACAACAGAUGUUCUCUACACUGUCUGCAAUGCAUGUGGACCAGUACUUCGUAUUGUAAUAUUUAAGAAGAAUGGGAUACAAGCUCUAGUUGAAUUUGAUUCAGUCCAAAGUGCCCAGAAGGCAAAAGCUUCUCUAAAUGGAGCAGAUAUUUACUCCGGUUGCUGCACAUUAAAAAUUGAGUAUGCCAAGCCUACUCGACUGAAUGUAUUCAAGAAUGAUAGCGAAUCCUGGGACUACACUAAUCCUGAUUUAACUGCACGAGAUGAACGGAGGCGACAGGGACAGCCAGCCCUUCUAGGAGAUCAUCCCUCAACAUAUGGGGGUUUUCAAGCAAACCCUUUGGUACUGGCACACAGAAUGGAUUCUCGUGCUUCCAACAACAGGCCCAUGCAUCUCUACUCAGCUCCUGAUUAUGACUUUGUUUCCCAAGGCAAAGUUAUAAUGAUUUAUGGACUUAAUCCACACAAAAUGAAUUGUGAAAAAGUCUUCAACCUUCUCUGUCUCUAUGGCAAUAUUGAAAAGGUUAAGUUCAUGAAGAGCAUGCCAGAUGCCGCCAUGGUCGAAAUGGGGGAUGAAUUUUCUGUGGAUCGAGCUAUUACUCAUUUAAAUGGUGUCGAGAUGUUUGGAAAGAGAAUUAAUUUAUGCGUCUCUAAGCAGGCAUCAAUUGUUCCGAGUCAGUCUUACGAGUUGGUAGAUGGCACUGAUAGUUACAAAGAGUUCGCCAACUCGAGGAAUAAUCGCUUCACCAAUCCAGGGCAAGCAGCCAAAAACAGGAUACAGCCCCCUUCCAAUGUGCUUCAUUUCUUCAAUGCUCCUCCAUGUGUAACAGAGGAAUACUUCCAAGAGGUUUGUGAAGAGUGUGAACUGAAGCCUUUUAAAACUGUCAAGAUGUUUACUGGAAAAUCUGACAGGAGUUUAUCUGGCCUGUUGGAGUGGGAAUCCAAAAAUGAUGCGGUAGAAGCACUGACAGUACUGAAUCACUACCAGAUGAAAAACACAAAUGGCCCGUACCCUUACACUUUGAAGCUCUGCUUUUCCACCAUGUCUCAUGCAUGAAGACACAGUUUGAAGAAAAUUUGGAAUUGAUGCUAUAGGUCAGCUUGCAUACCAUUUCCAAAUUGAAGGAGAGAAAAUAUAGGUCUUUAGUAUCAGACUUGCACUUGUAAGUGGAAGAUACUUUCAGCUUAUUGUAACUUUCUGAAUUGUAUCGAUGUAAAAGUUAAAACAGUUAACUAAGUUUGUUCCUUUGUUAGGUUUUUUUGCAGUCAAUGAGUUAUUAGAACUUAAUGUUUAUGCAAGUGACCUUGUAUUUUAGAACUAUGCAAGUGAUGAGCAACCACUUGUGGCAUAUCUAUUUAAGGCACUUAAACAGUGAUAAAAACAGGAUUGUUUUUUUUUUGGAAAUGUAGUUUGCAAGAUUUGUUUUAACAUAAACUACAUGUUGCUGUGAUCAGGAGAAUUCUUCGUACUGCUGAAGUGCCCAAAUGGUGACUUUUGAACACUAUACCUGAACUCCGGUAUAUUUACAGCUUAUUUCCAUGUGUUUAAUUCCUUGCUAUGUUUCAGAUAUCAUUAAACAAUUAUUUCAGAUAUCUGUGAUUCAUCUUAAUAAAGGUUCUAAACUCAAA